AUGAAACUGCUCCUGCUGUUCCUGCUCUGUGUUUCUACCAUUAAAUCCCAGGGUUCCAUUGAGUAUGAUGAUGAGGAAGAGGGCUCAGAGUUGAAUCCUCGAGGCCACCGACCGCUGGACAAGAGGCGGGAAGCAGCCCCUACGCUGAGACCCGUGGCGCCUCCCAUCAGCGGAAGCCGCUAUCAGCCCCGGCCACCAAAGCGACCAAAGGAGGCCGAGAAGAAAGGUCCCAUCGUUUAUCCUGAUGCCGGCGGGUGCAAGCAUCCUUUAGACGAGCUGGGAGUGCUGUGUCCAACUGGAUGUGAAUUGCAAACUACACUGGUAAAACAGGAAAAAAAUGUGAAAUCCGUUGUUCGUGAUCUAAAAGACAAAGUGACCAAAUUUUCCGACAGCUCUACAACUUUCUAUGAAUAUGUGAAUAUUCUGGAUGAUAAAUUGGUAAAGACACAAAAACAAAGAAAAGACAAUGACGGUUUGCUUUCAGAGUACAAUGAAGAAUUGGAAAGGCAUUAUAAUUACAUAAAGGACAAUCUGGACAAUAAUAUCCCAUCAAGUCUCAGGGUCCUUCGUGCAGUUGUGGAUUCUUUGCACAAAAAGAUACAAAAACUGGAAAAAGCCAUUGCAACCCAGACGGACUACUGCCACUCUCCUUGUGUUGUUUCCUGUAAUAUCCCGGUGGUUUCAGGCAAAGAAUGCGAGGAUAUUUUCAGAAAGGGAGGUGAGACUUCGGAAAUGUACCUCAUCCAGCCUGAGCCUUUCAGCAAACCAUAUAGAGUGUACUGUGACAUGGAGACAGAAGGUGGAGGCUGGACUUUGAUUCAGAAUCGCCAAGAUGGCAGUGUUAACUUUGGGAGAGUAUGGGAUGCAUAUAAAAAGGGUUUUGGAAAUAUUGCAAGUGGAGAGAAGAAGUACUGUAAUAUACCAGGUGAAUAUUGGCUUGGAAAUGACAAAAUCAGCCAGCUUACCAAAACAGGGCCCACUGAAGUUUUAAUUGAAAUGGAGGACUGGAAUGACCAUAAAGUUUCAGCUCAUUAUGAAGGUUUCACCAUAGAGGAUGAAGGAAACAAGUAUCAGCUUUCAGUUAGUAACUACAAAGGCAAUGCAGGCAAUGCUCUCAUGGAAGGAGCGUCACAGCUGCAUGGAGAAAACAGGACAAUGACAAUUCACAAUGGCAUGUUUUUCAGUACUUACGAUAGAGACAAUGAUGGAUGGUUAACUGCAGAUCCAAAAAAGCAGUGCUCCAAAGAAGAUGGUGGCGGAUGGUGGUACAAUCGCUGCCAUUCAGCCAACCCCAAUGGCAGAUACUACUGGGGAGGGAGCUACAGCUGGGAUAUGGCAAAACAUGGUACAGAUGAUGGUAUUGUAUGGAUGAACUGGAAAGGGUCAUGGUAUUCACUGAAGAAGAUGAGCAUGAAAAUCAGACCAUACUUUCCACAGUAACCAUUUUCAAAAUGUACAGAGUCACAGAUUUUCUUUUCAUUCUCAUGCAUGGUUAACUUUUUAGACAUGAAACUUUUAGACAUUUUUGUCUUUCUGUAUGAGAACCAAGUAUGACAAAAUGUGUGCAUGACCAUAUUGUGAUGUAAAGUGAAAAGCUAUGUCAACUAUAAAUCAAAAUCUGACCCACGAAAAUAAACCACAGGUGUAUUUUAUACUAUUUUUCGUUUGUUCACAAGACUGAAGUAACUGGCAGCUGUCAGUAUAGAAUAACAUGAUAAAAAUACCCAUUUCAUUGUUUUACAAAAAAGUUCCACACU